AUGGCCGCCCUCCGAUCUCAGAGUGCGGCUCGUAUGCUGCGAAGCGCUGCUGCGCCCAGAGUCGCCCUCUCCGCCGCACCCCGACGAUUCCAGAGCAACGUCACCCAGGCCAGCGGCACCAUCACUGGCCCUGUUACCAGCGAGCCUGACUACAAUAUCGAAGCUGACAAGGCCACCUCCACCUACACACCUGUCCCUCGAUCCGUCCAGAAUGGCACCGAAGAGAUCCUUCCCGCUGCUGUGAUCUCAGGCGCUCCCAUGGAACUCCAGGCCCGAACGGUUCGCAUCUACCAGGAAGCUAAGCCUGCGACUCAGUCCGGCGACUGGCGCGGUCGACGCUGGCGAAUGGAUUGGGAUAUUCUUCCUAAGGGACAUCGAUGGGAGAACCCUUUGAUCGGUUGGCAAUCUUCGGGUGAUUUUAUGCAAGGCACCCACAUCAACUUCUCGAGCAAGGAGGAUGCUAUUCACUUUGCUGAGAAGCAGGGCUACGAGUACUUUGUUCAGGAGCCAAACUCUCGCAAGUUUGCACCUAAGGCUUAUGCCAACAACUUCCUGUACUCUGCCAGAAAGCUUAAGCAUAUCAGGACGAAAUAG